GAUCACCCCCCUACCAGGCGACAAGAAGCCACUUAGCCCUGCCUGGAACGUGGCACUCGGUGCUGCCACAACAGCCGCUGCCACAAUGACCCGCAAACGCGCCAACGCACGCAAACAGCAGAACCAAAAUGUCAGACCGCAACGUGCUUUGUUCUGUUUGAACUUACAAAAUCCUAUACGAAAGCUAUGUAUUAGAGUUGUGGAAUGGAGGCCUUUUGAAUACUUGAUUCUGCUGACAAUUUUUGCCAACUGUGUGGCAUUAGCUAUUUACACUCCCUAUCCAGAAGCAGACUCCAAUGAAGUCAAUUUGGCAUUGGAAAAUGUGGAGUACAUCUUUCUGGUGAUCUUCACACUAGAGGCAGUCAUGAAGAUAAUUGCGUAUGGUUUUGCCCUCCAUGCUGGUGCUUAUCUACGUAAUGGAUGGAAUAUUCUAGAUUUUAUCAUCGUUGUCAUUGGUAUUAUUAGUACAAUUCUCAGUUGGUUAAACAUUCAUGGGUUCGAUGUCAAAGCCCUCCGAGCUUUUAGGGUCUUGCGACCUUUGCGAUUGGUGUCGAGGGCCCCUAGUUUACAAGUUGUUCUAAAUGCCAUCCUGCGUGCAAUGGUGCCUUUGCUACAUAUCGCCCUACUUGUCAUAUUUGUUAUCAUCAUAUAUGCUAUCAUAGGCUUGGAGCUCUUCUCAGGGACGUUGCAUUCUACCUGUUUUGAUAGAGACACAGGUAACAUAGCAUUUGAAACCCCUCAUCCGUGUUCUGAGGAUGGUAAGGGGUUCCAGUGUGAAAAUGCCACCCAGGAGUGUCGCAAGUACUGGGCGGGGCCAAAUGAUGGUAUAACAAACUUUGAUAACUUUGGUCUGGCCAUGUUAACUGUAUUCCAGUGCAUAACAUUAGAGGGAUGGACUGAUGUAUUGUAUGAUAUCAACGAUGCAGUGGGCAGCGCAUGGCCAUGGACAUAUUUCAUCACAUUAAUCAUCAUAGGAUCUUUUUUUGUACUUAACUUAGUCUUAGGUGUACUCAGUGGUGAAUUUUCUAAGGAAAGAGAAAAAGCCAAAUCUAGGGGUGAUUUUAAGAAACUGCGAGAGAAGCAGCAGAUGGAUGAAGAUUUGCGUGGUUAUAUGGACUGGAUCACGCAGGCAGAGGAUAUCGACCCCGAGAAUGAGGAGGAGAGAGAGGAAGAAAACCAUAGUGAUACAGCAUCAGUGAAAACAGAAGAUGUAGAAAAUGGUGAAAUAGUACAGUCUUGGUGGCAGAACAAAAGCCAACAUUUACGUAAAUGGAAUCGGCGAUGCAGAAGAUUGUGUAGAAAGCUAGUAAAAUCCAAUGCUUUUUAUUGGCUUGUGAUAGUGGUGGUGUUCCUAAAUACCUGUGUUCUAACAUCCGAGCAUUAUAGACAACCGCAGUGGUUAGACGAUUUCCAAGUUGUGGCCAAUUUGUUUUUUGUGGUUUUGUUUUUCUUUGAGAUGUUGUUAAAGAUGUACAGUCUAGGCUUCCAGGGGUACUUUGUGUCUUUGUUUAACCGCUUUGACUGUUUUGUGGUGGUGUGUAGUAUAGUGGAGGUGAUCCUCAUGGUCACUGAUGUCAUGCCACCACUGGGCGUCAGUGUGCUGAGGUGUGCCAGACUUCUCCGUGUGUUCAAGGCAACCAGAUACUGGUCGUCGCUACGUAACCUUGUGGCUUCCCUGUUGAACAGUAUGAGGUCUAUUGCCAGUUUGUUGUUACUGCUCUUCCUCUUCAUUGUCAUAUUUGCCUUACUUGGGAUGCAGCUGUUCGGUGGGAGAUUCAACUUUGAUGAGGAGAAACCUCGCAGCAACUUUGACACAUUUUGGCAGUCCCUACUCACUGUAUUCCAGAUUCUGACGGGUGAGGACUGGAACGUGGUGAUGUAUGACGGGAUUCGAUCCUAUGGUGGUGUCAAUCAAUUUGGUGUGAUUGUGUGCCUGUACUUUGUGUUCUUAUUCAUCUGUGGUAACUAUAUCUUAUUGAAUGUCUUCUUGGCUAUCGCUGUGGAUAACUUAGCCGAUGCCCAAAGCUUGACUGAAAUCGAGGCUGAAAUGGAAGAAGAGAAACAGCGAUUACGCUCUAUUAGGUCAAAGAGUAGGACACCAGAGGGUGGAGAGAAAGAAAAGACUGAGGAGGAUGAGGGAGUCGGGAUGAAUGAAGAUGGUGCUGGAGAUACAGAAGAAGAUGGCUUCCCCCAGAAAUUGUCUCGCAAUCCUAGCAACAGGUCCAGUCGCUCUGCAAGAAAGGAAGACAGUCCUACAGCAGAACACCAUGUCCGGAUAGACCUCGACAAGAAGGAGGGUGACGAACAGGGAGAAUACAGAGACUCCAAGCAGAUUCCUAUAGACGAAGAGGAUGAGGAAGAGAAUGAUGGUGAGGUGACUGAAGAGGACGAUGAGAUGGAUGAAGAUAAGGAAUCGGCACAGACAGCUUCAGCUAGACCUCGCCGCAUCUCUGAGCUGCACAUCCCUGACAAGAAGAAGUCCAUACCAAAGACGAGAUCCUUGUUUAUAUUCCAUCAUACUAACAAGUUCCGUGUGAUCUGUCAUACGAUUGUCAAUCACUCCUACUUCAGUAAUGUGGUAUUGGCCUGUAUCCUUAUUAGCAGUGCUAUGUUGGCGGCAGAGGACCCACUCCACACUAUGUCUGAGCGUAACGAGAUUUUAAAUUAUUUUGACUACUUCUUCACCUCAGUCUUCACUGUUGAAAUCUUCAUUAAGAUCAUAACAUAUGGCCUGAUCCUGCAUUCAGGCUCCUUCUGCAGAAGUUUCUUCAACAUCCUUGAUCUGAUUGUUGUAGCAGUGUCACUAGUAUCCUUCAUGCUGGACAACCAGGCAAUCUCGGUGGUGAAGAUUCUCAGGGUAUUGAGGGUACUUCGUCCACUCAGGGCCAUCAACAGGGCGAAGGGUCUCAAGCAUGUGGUGCAGUGUGUAAUUGUGGCUGUAAAAACCAUUUACAACAUCAUGUUGGUGACUUUCCUCCUCAACUUCAUGUUUGCUGUCAUUGGUGUCCAGUUGUUCAAGGGCAAAUUCCACCAUUGUACAGACAACUCCAAACUGACAGAAGGGGAAUGCAAGGGCUGGUACGUAGACUACCCAGAUGGAGAUAUAAACAACCCAGAUAAAAAGGAACGAGAAUGGGGCAACAACGAUCUGAACUUUGAUGAUGUGACCAGCGCCAUGCUGACAUUGUUCACGGUGGCGACAUUUGAAGGAUGGCCAAACUUGCUGUAUAUAGCUAUCGACUCCAAUGAAGAAGGCCUGGGUCCAAAAUACAACAAGCAGCCAGGAGUCGCUAUUUUCUUUUUCAUAUUUAUCAUUGUUAUUGCAUUUUUCAUGGUCAACAUCUUUGUAGGUUUUGUCAUCGUCACAUUUCAGAAUGAGGGGGAGCAAGAGUAUAAAAAUUGUGAAUUAGAUAAAAACCAGCGUAAGUGUAUAGAAUUUGCACUAAAAGCCAAACCUAUACGGCGCUAUAUACCAAAGGCUCGGUGGCAAUACAAAAUAUGGUGGUUUGUCACUUCUCAAGCAUUUGAGUAUGCCAUAUUUAUACUCAUCAUGUUCAAUACUGUCAUCUUAGCCAUGAGGCAUUACGACCAGCCAGACUCCUACUCCAAGGCGCUGGACUAUCUAAACAUGAUCUUCACUGGAGUCUUCACAGUGGAGUUCAUCCUCAAACUCAUGGCCUUUAGGUUUAAAAACUAUUUUGGAGAUGCGUGGAACGUGUUUGAUUUCAUCAUUGUUUUAGGAAGUUUUAUAGAUAUCAUCUACACAGAAGUCAAUCCCGGACAAGGAAUUAUCAGUAUAAAUUUCUUCCGACUCUUCCGAGUCAUGAGGCUUGUGAAACUACUCAGUCGAGGAGAAGGCAUUCGAACGUUACUUUGGACUUUUAUAAAGUCCUUCCAGGCUUUGCCCUAUGUAGCACUGCUGAUUGUUAUGUUGUUUUUCAUCUAUGCAGUAAUCGGUAUGCAGAUGUUUGGUAAGAUUGCUAAAAAUUCUGAUACGCAAAUCCACCGAAACAACAAUUUCCAGACGUUUCCACAAGGAGUAUUAGUGUUAUUUAGGUCUGCUACUGGUGAAGCGUGGCAGAAUAUCAUGUUAUCCUGUAUAGACAAACCAACAGCCCGAUGUGACCCCGAUGGCACACCAGCACCUGCUCCCAAUGCCACCUGUGGCAACAACUUUGCAUACUUCUACUUCAUCUCAUUUUAUAUCUUGUGUUCCUUCUUGAUCAUCAAUUUAUUCGUUGCUGUCAUCAUGGACAAUUUUGACUAUUUAACACGAGAUUGGUCUAUAUUAGGGCCCCACCAUCUUGAUGAAUUUGUAAGACUGUGGUCAGAAUAUGAUCCAGAAGCAAAAGGAAGGAUAAAACAUUUAGAUGUCGUUACGCUUUUGAGGAAAAUAUCGCCACCUCUUGGUUUUGGUAAACUGUGUCCACAUCGAGUAGCUUGUAAGAGAUUAGUUAGCAUGAACAUGCCGUUAAAUAGCGACGGCACGGUUAUGUUCAAUGCGACAUUGUUUGCGUUGGUUCGGACGUCGCUAAAAAUUCAAACUGAGGGUAAUAUAGACCAAUGCAAUGAAGAGUUACGAGCCGUUAUCAAAAAGAUCUGGAAACGUACAACACCGAAGUUACUUGACCAAGUAGUACCACCGGCCGGCCGUGAUGAUGAUGUCACUGUAGGAAAAUUCUAUGCAACAUUUCUUAUCCAAGAUUAUUUCCGUCGGUUCAAGAAAAGGAAAGAACAGAUGCAGAAGAUACAGAAAGGACAAGAACAUACUAAUGCUCUCCAGACCUUGGUACAGGCUGGCUUGCGAGCAGUGCACGACCUGGGGCCAGAACUGCGCCGUGCUAUCUCUGGAAAUCUUGAAGAAGAAGAAUUUCCUGAAAAGGAAGUGGAGGAACCAAUGCAUAGGAGGAAUCACAGUCUGUUUGGGAGCAUGAUGAAUGCUCUGGCUGGUGUUCAUAAGACCACACUUCCAUUUGCGGGACGGACACAGUCACUACUCAUUAACCACAAAGAACAACCUAAAGUGUCACCAGCAAACUCUGUACACGGCCCUCAUACCACUAUUUCACCACAAAACUCUGUCAAUGGUAAGGUCACACCAGCCGAGUCCAGUAACCACCUGAAUGUGGAGUACCGCAACGCAGUUAACCGGUCGCCAUCACCCCUAGCACCAGUUCGUGUGUCGCCUGCCGUAUCCAAUGACUCACGUAGACAGAGCCACACCAGGCCAGAAGAAACAACUCCGACCGAAACAUUAAAUGACAGUGAAAGUGAGUAGAUAUGAAUGUAAGGCUGCCCAGCUGAUUGGGCGUAUCCCUGAAAGACAAGACGUGUGGGGGUAUGGCAGGAAGCCUGUAGCUCAUGCUACUGCCCGCCAUGUCACCUAUCGUCAUGUUAACACAAGGUCCUGAGACCAAGGUCAAAGCACACUGGGAGACUGUAUCAGCAGUUCAUCUCCAUUUCUUUGUGACAAACACAUCCACCAUUGGAAGAGGAAGUUGGAUGUGGUGCUUGGGAACAAGUGUGUUGCGUUUCCAUGGUUACCAUGUAGGACGUGGCAUUCUGCAACAGCCUCACUCUGGUAGUGGUGGCAUGUUUUCCGCUGGCUUGUGGCUUGUGGCUUGUGUGUCCUGUCCCUGAAUUGUUUUUACAAGCCAGAUGAUGACAAGUACAGAAAAGACGCACCUUUUUGUGUGAUUGAUAGACACUCUUCUAGUGUGAUCAAUAGUCUUGUGUAUAAAAUGUGAGUAACAGACACAGAUUUUGUGUGAUCAAUAGACACAUCUUAUGUGACAGAUGGUCACAUGUUUUAAUGUGAACAGUUGAAGGAAUUAUGAAAAUUCUGUACAACAGCAUCAACGUAUGGUUGUUAACUUUCUUAUUCCUCUUUUAGAAGGUCACUGUUUGAAGCAUUGUGAGGGUGAAGACUUAGAUUGGUCGACCAUUUCAGUGUUAUUUUUUUCCGACUUUUUUGUUUUAUUAUUACUUUUUUAAUUACACAAAACUGUUGAUAAUCCACUGUUUUGUGUUGUGACGGUAUCACAUGGGUCCUCACACCUUAUCGUCUACUGUGAUAACCUGGAUUUAGCCAGUCCUAUGUCAAGGUCAACCAGUCCAAGGUCAAAGGUUAGCCAAUCGCCAGGUCAGAGGUGUCAAAGGCAGAUUUGAUUGUUAAUGAUUUAUCUACAUGUAAUAAGACCCAUAACACAUGAUUGCUUUACAGUACUAAUGUCUUUCUAUUAAUUGCCUCUGUAAAUUCAGAAAUUUGUCAAGAAGCCAUUUCUUAGUAGCUUUAUAAACGGGCCUAAAUCAAAACUCCAUUGAAACUGUCCAUUUAUUUAAAUUUAGUUAUUGAAUAUAGAGGAUGCUGGACUUUCCAGAUAACAUGUCCUACCCACAGAGAUCCUCCUGAACUGGCUCAUCAUUUGGUUCUGGAACAGCAAAGAAGUGCCAGAGAGCUACCAUUGUUAGAUCUCAUAUUUGUUUUCAGAUGUUUUAGAUACGGAAUGCUUGAAACUUCAAUAUUUCUCUUGAUGAGCUUUAAAAUUUUCUUUGCUUACCUGUAUGAUAUGUAGAUUACAAAAUUUUUAUGUACAUAGAUUUACAUAAUCAGGAAAACAUCAUUUAUAUAUUGAAGAAAGUAAGAAGAUUUAUAUGUAUUCAGAGAGUUAUGACAUUGUAAGAGACACAUUUAUAGAUGGAAAGUCAAGUUUUCACUGUUUCAGUUACUUUAAAGUUUAUUGAGGUUAGAAAACUGAUUUUGUAUUAUAAAAGUUUAUCAAUAUAUCCUGAUAUUUGAUAUGUUGUUUGGAGCGUAUGUUUAUUAUUGAUCAUGGUGUGAUGUAUUGAAAUCUCUACACUUAGUUUGACUUAGUUCUGACCCAUACUAAUUUGAUUGUUUACGUCAAGUUUUGUCCUGACUUAUCAUCAUGCUGUAGACCUGAGUACAGAUUUUAAAGACCAAAGAAGGAUACAUGCUUGAAACUGCCAAUGUUACCGAGACCAUAUUACCUAGGUAUGGAAUGCCAUGGAAGGCUUAAUGCAAGUCUAGUAGAAAGUUAAUCACAUUCCAAAGUCAUUAUAAAGCUUUUAAUUUAUUUAUCCUUGUUUUAAAGAGAAUCUCUUAGUUCUUUAAUUUAUCAUUUUAUAUAAGUAUUAUGAAGAUAGCAUAUUCAUCAGGGGAGAAAGAGGUUACCUAACAUAGCCUGCAACUUCAGUCAAUGUUGUUUGCAAAAGGGAAUUGACACAACAUCAAAGUGCUUUUUUAGCUGAAGAAGGAUGAUUACCUAGUUAAGUACAUGCAAACAGGAAUAAAAAUAAAUGUAAUAGAUAUUGUUCUUGAUAUUAAAAAUCAUCCAAGACCUUAUUUAUGACAAAAAAGCUAUUUGUCCAUGGCAUAUAAAAUUACCUCCCUUUAAUUAUCUGCCCACAUUUUUGCUUAUCCACUGCCCAACAACUUGCGUGUUCAGAGAUUUUUAUAGCAGAUAUUUCCCGAUUGUGAUGUUUUGGUUGUAUAGAAGUUAGUUCCUUUUUUGUUGUAAUGUUUUACAGAGAUAGGUUGUUUUUUCUGUUGUGUUUUGACCUUCAAUUUGCUCAAAGGUUGUAAUUUAUAUACAUGUUGUGUAUUUUGUGUGUAGUGGCUCUGGUUGGGUGAUAUAUAGGUUUAUUGUAUUGUUUUUACAUGUUUAGUACAUCGUUUUUAUUUUAACUGAAGCAUAAUCAAGUAAUGUUUUGAGUUUUUCCCCCCUGAUUCAGAUGCUUAGUGGCAUAGCAUCAAUACAAUUUAUUUCUCUAGCCAUUUAAUGAAACACAACCUGCUAUUACAACUCAUAGACGUCACGUUAGAAUGCCACCAAGUAGAAAAUGGUGCAUGUAAUUGAGUAGUGUAUAUAAAUUAUGGAUUGGUACAAAGAAAGAAAACUACAAAUGAGUGUUAUCAAGAAGGAACUUUGUUUGCCAUGACCUAUGCAUUACAUGUCUUUUCCCUAGUUUCCUUAGGUUGGUUGGUGAUACCCAAGUGUAAGUGUGUAAGGAUGGGGCCCCAUUAGGUGGCCUGGAAACCUGUGCUUUUAUGAGAGGUUGUGUGCCUGUGGUGUACCCGGGGGACUGUAUGCAUCUCCUUCAAACAUGUAAAUACUGUACCUAUUCAGUAUCAUUUCAUUCUCCAUCAAUCAUGUUGUUACCGCUUAAUUCAUGUUUUAAAACAUACCACAAGGUAUGAUGGUGCUUGUGUGGCCUCAUAACUGUAACUCACAACAUCUGUUUGUAGAUAGGUGACAUGAUUAAGCAUCCUACAUUUUGUCAGUAUAAAGAGGGAUUCUACCACUUCAACUGCCUAGAAAGAGGGGUGUUUUUCUGUGCCACAUUUAAUCUGUAAAUAAGGUACCCUGUAGUGCCACUUCAUCUGCCUGGAAAGUGGGGUGUUUAAUAGCAUCCAUGUAGCACCCAUGGGUAGGAUCUGGACAGAUUCUAUAUGUCCCCUUUGUAUAGAAUCACGAUCUCUAUGUAAGAGCAGCAUUCACUUCUCUUUUCUAAUCGAUACACUUAUUUUCCUACUCCAAAUACUUUUUAUCUAUCAUGUUUUCCAAAAAUAUUAUUUUAGUUCUUGCCAAAAAACAUUUUUUCUGAGGAGUAUCUCAGAUUUAUAUAUGAAUCAUCAUAGUACAUGUAUUUGAAAGGUUGAAAUCUUUUGAGGGAUAUGUUUCUGUAAGCCUGUAUUUUGUAUAAAUAUACAUGUAUUUGGUUACCUCCCCAGUGGAUGAUAUCAACAAAACUUCAUUGUAUAAUAUCAUGUUAGCAUUUUUAUCCUUGUUUUGUAACUUGCCACAGUUGUGUCGAGAUCCUUACAAGUUCAUUCCAUUGCCUAUGUAUAUAUAUUAUAUAUAUAUUGAUAAAAUGUCAACCAAGCGUGGCUGGCCUGUAGUGAUACCCAAAAUAUCGGGUAUGCUGUCGUCAUGGUUACUUGUCUGUCAUUACCAUGACAACCAAGAAGUGGCCAAGAUAAUCUGCAUUGCGAGUCGCUCCUUGGCUGUAGAGGGAGACAUGACAAAUGUGACAAGUAUGAAUCUACAAAUUUCCCUUGCUGUGAUAAUCACUAUGGUAACCAAGCGAGUCUCACAGGACCAAAAAAGCCACAUUUUUUAUGUAAUGAUAUCUCCAUAAUUUACCAUUUUUAAAGCCCAAAGCUCAGUUAUUUACAAAAGGUGUGCAUGUGUCUGUGUGUGUCUAGACUACUGAGAAGUAAUGUGAGAUCAAUAUACAUAUUAUUAGUGUUUUUUCCCAUAUGGAAACACUCCUUAAAUUUGUACAUGUGUAAAUCAUGCUUUCCACCCUCUUCUUUCCAGUAAAUUUGAAUGUAUUUGAACUAGUGCUGUAGGCAAGGAGAUUCAAAUCAAAAUGUUUUCUUUGAAUUUUGAGGUGUAUGAUUUUUUUUAUAGAUGAAGUUAUACUCAAAAGCAGAUAACUAUGAUAAUUUCACUAAGAUGUUCCAGUGAAAGACUUUAUGUAGCCAACACCUUUCUAUUGUGGUGUAUUUUUGAUGCAGUCCUACUCUAUGUCUGUAAGAAGGUUGGCUGUUACUGAUAAUUUAAUAUGUCCAUCAUAUACAGGCAUUGACAUUGUCCCACCCAUUGAAUAAUUUAACCCAGAUUACUACUCACAACAUCAAAAUACCUUAACUAUCUCCCAAGUAUGUGCCUAUCUGCUAUUUUGGUAUUUUUCUCUUGUUUCCCCAUGUAGUUACGUGUUGUCUUAUGAUAAGGACAUCUGCAUUUCAUGGCAGAAAGGUUCUCUUCACCGUUAUUUUUUUUACCAGUUUGUGGUUUUCUGUAUAAAUUUUUUGAAGUUCCUCAGCAUCAAACAUGAUACAUGUACUAACAAAAGUGUAAACAGAUUUCUGUGAUAUAUUUUACACACAGAAUAAUUAUUUCAUAUACUGAAUGUUGGAAUAUCAGUCAUCAGCCAGUUUUGCAUUUGAAAUCUCCCAAUAUUACCAACAUAUCUUUUUAGAUGGGAAAACACCAGAGAAAUACCAGGUUAAUUGUAAAUCAAUGUUUAGGCAAGUCGUACACACAAGUAAGCAAUAUUUUUGGUAAUUUUAAAUCAAAAUUUUUUUUUGUAUCUAAACAAGAUCUAGAUUUGAUGAAGUUUCUACAAUUGUCUCGCAUUGUUAUUAUGUGUGAGGAAUUAAAAUGUUUUUUUCAUUGUUAAGAUGGGAAUUUUCAGGGUUUUUUCUCUUUUUCUUUCUUCUUUUUGGACGAGUGCUUUCCCACAAAGAUGGUGGAAGUUUAUAAAUGAUUGGAUGGUUAUACAAGUAAUUUCCAAGGUACAUUUUAUAUUCAGGGGUAAUAUAUUUUUACCAAAAGUGUGUGAUUGUAUGGAAUGUAAAUCGUAAAGCCAAAAAAUGUACGACUCCCUCCCUCUUCUCCUUUCUCCCAUUGCCCCUCCCCAAAUUUUUUCCUCAUUAACUGGUGUAGGACAGUGAUACCAUUACACAUCCUUCAUGUACAAAACCAUUUUGCAAGGAAUGUUAAUAUGUGCAAUAAAUUAUAAUAUUUACUACCAA